AUGCUGCACCUUGCCCUUGCCGUUUCCUUGGCCGUCUCUCUUUCCCGCAUUGCCCAUGUGCAAGCAUCGGGGACUUUCAACAUUCUCUCUAUGAAUGUUGCUGGUCUCCCAGAGAUUCUCAAUGGCAAUGGAGAAUCAGGUGAUAAGACCACGAAUACCAUGGUCAUUGGACAGGAUUUCGCUACAUAUGAUUAUGAUCUCAUACACGUACAGGAGGACUUCAAUUAUCAUGCCACACUGUACAAAUAUGACACCCACCCAUACCGUACCGCGACUAGCGGAGGAGCUGGCAUUGGAAGCGGCUUGAACUCCCUGUCUAACUAUGACUGGAUCGACUUCGAUCGCACCAAAUGGAACGAUUGUUCUGAUGCAUCGGAAAAUGAUUGUCUCACACCGAAGGGUUUCACACACAUGCGCUGGCGUAUCGCCGAGGGCGUUUACAUUGACGCGUUCAAUUUGCACACGGAUGCUGGAACAGAGGAUGGCGAUGAGUCCGCUCGCCGGUCCAACAUCCAGCAGGUUGCCGACUAUGUCGACGCCAACGCGAGCGGGAACCCUGUUCUGAUCUUCGGCGACACAAACUCGCGCUACACUCGGUCUGCGGACAACAUCCCGACCAUACUAUCCCAAAACGGGUUGACAGACGCUUGGGUUCAGCUCGUACGGAAUGGCGUUGCGCCUGUUGCCGGCACUGAUGCCCUCGUGUGCCCCGAUGGUGUACCCACCAACACUAGCUGCGAAGUUGUGGACAAGGUCUUAUACCGCGGCUCGAAGAGUGUAACACUCACCGCAACAGCCUUCUUUUAUGACACCGCUCGUUUCCUCUCAACCGAUCUUGCAACCCUCACCGACCACAACCCCGUUCGUGUCGAAUUCAAGUGGGCCGGAGCCAAUGGUUUCAGCCAGAGCGAUCUCUAUGGCGGUCCUCACGGCAGCUCCUGGUUCAAUGACCUCCCCUCUCUCCCGACCUCUCCAAAAGUCGCCUCUGUCACUCUCCGAGGCGCGAAGCGACUCGAUGCUGUUUCUUUCACGCUGUCCACCGGCGCCGUCCUCUCGCACGGUGGUACAGGCGGAGACGCAUCCUCGCUCACCCUCGCGUCCGGCGAAUACUUCACUUCGGCCAAGCUCUGCUGGGGCGAAUACAACGGCCACACGCGGAAUUUCUAUGCCCUCCUGACUACUAGCAGUGGGCGGACUGUCUCUGCUGGUACUACAACGGACGACUGCGCAACCGUCACUGCGCCCAGCGGUUCCGGCAUCGUCGCGUCGUAUGGCCAGAGCGGGGACGAGAUGGAUCUGCUCGGAUGGAUCUACUCCGCUCACUAA